AUGAGUCUCGAUGGAGAGAAUGUUGAGACUGAUAUCACGUACACGGAUGAUGCUCAGACAUUCACGUGGAGCAUACCAUCACGAUUGACACAGGCUGACUUGGUGUGGAAAUUGAACCAGUGUUUUGACUCGGCUGCACUAAACAUACGAUGGAUACCCGAGUCAGAUGGCUAUUACAUUCACGCGGACUACGUGUUCUCGUUGAGUGGUAACCUUGGCACGAUCAUUCCCGCUUCAGGAUCGCAAUCGCAUACAUGGCGUAUCCCUUUCGACGAUGGUGUGUACUAUGCCAACUACGGUCCGAUGGUUGCCGAGUAUCCUGUCGAUAUCACGAACGGUCUAUCGAACAUACAGCUGUAUUGCAACAUCGUGAAAAGCAAGACGAUACCACUGCUUGCGAAUGUCCCGAUGGACAGCUUGUACAAGAACUACUUCUACAAGAAUCGCAUGUUGGUACCAUGUUCUGAAUUGCUUGAUCGCAUCGUGUACGAGUUGAAGGACGAAAAUGGUGACCCGCUAUCGUUCAUUGGGAACGUGUACCUGCUGAUCGUGUUCAACAUUGCUCGAACGUACGAACAUGAAUUCACAAGUAACAAUCUCAUCAAAAGCGACAUGGUAAUCGAUCGAGUGACUAUGAAGGGAGAAUCGCCUGGUACCUGCCUUGUGCUCGAUCGAGUGAACAACAUGCAAGAACGACGACAGUCUCCGUUGGUUGUAUUGAACGAAGGAGGGGGAAGCUUCGCUUCCCCCGGGGAGUCUACGACUCCCCACACGUUUACGGAGAAUGCACACAUGAACGUCGUGGUACCCAAAAGUCGCAAAUGGUCAUUCUCGUUGACCGAUAAGACCGGUGCAACGAUUGCCCUGCCAAUGCCGAUUACAGUGUGCAUUCACUUCUACACACUGUAG